UACAACUGGCAACCCAGAUUAGAUUAGCUGAGCUAGUCAAAGGGCCUCAGCAGUUAGCUACCUCUCUACCUUUUCGUCUUCGUUCACAAAGGCAACAAGAAAAUCGCAUUUAGGCAUAAAUAUUAUACUUCAAUAUAAUGUCGGCGAGUGACAACGACUCUGUCGACUUGACCAGAUCUGGCUCCCCAGUUCAUCACAGAAAAAGGCAUAUGGAGUCAUCAAAGUCCCCCAGAAGCUCCAAACACCACCAUUCACGGUCAAGGUCACGCUCCAGGGACCGAAAACGUGACAGAAAGUACAGACGCAGUCGCAGCAGGAGUAAAGAGGCACGAAAGAGGGACUCCGAGAAGCCAUCAAAAUCACACAGAAAAACAGAUGAGCCGCAAGACCAAGAGAGACUUUCGGCAGAGAACGGAGAGGAGCGUUCCAGGCGCAAGGACAGGAAGUCUUCGAAGGGCCGGAGCCUGUCCAGGUCACACUCCAGAGAGAGACGGCAUCACAGCAGAAGUAGGGACAAGCGGCGAUCGAGAUCACGCAGCCGGGACAAGAAGAAGAAGGCCAGGUCUCGCUCGGGUUCAAGGACCAAACACCGUCACCAUAGCAGAAGUCGCAGUAAGAGCAGGGAGCGUAAGAAAAGGACUGAAAAGGUGCGCAGGAAGAGCCGAAGCAGGACUCCUAGUCCACCCGCCUUCCGAGGCCGAAACACAGCCAUGGAUGCUCAAGAGGCCCUAGCAAGAAGAUCACUAUCAGAUGUACAGGAAGACAUUAAAUGGAGUUUAAAUCCUGCUGGAUCCUGUCAUGAUGGAGUUCGACAUACAGAAACUCAAAGGCUGGAGAGAGCAAAGAAACUGCAGGAGCAGAAGGAGAAGGAAAUGUUUGAGAAACAGCAGCAGCAACAACAGGAGAUCGCUGCAGCAGCAGCCGCUGCAGCAGCUGUCUCAAACCCUGCCCUCAAUGUCGCGGCUCUCCUGGCCUCUGGGACGCAGGUCACACCUCAGAUUGCCAUGGCGGCACAGAUGGCAGCCCUACAAGCAAAGACGCUGGCAGAGACCGGUAUUGCUGUUCCCAGCUACUAUAACCCAUCCGCUGUAAACCCGAUGAAGUUUGCAGAGCAGGAGAAGAAGAGGAAAAUGCUAUGGCAGGGAAAGAAGGAUGGGGAGAAGUCCCAAACAGCCGAGUUGUGGGAGAAGCUUAACUUUGGAAACAAGGACCAAAAUGUUAAAUUUCGCAAACUGAUGGGUAUUAAAGACGAUGAUGAGGUGGAAGCUGCCAAACCACUGAACGAUGAUGGGAUGAAGACGCUUCAGAAGCAGGAGGAGAUGUUCAGGAACCUCGAUGUUCAGUAUGAGAUGGCUCGCUCUCAGACGCACACUCAGAGAGGAAUGGGCCUCGGCUUUUCCUCCUCGUUCUCACGUGGGAUGGAUUCCAUGUAGUGCCAAACUUGGCUGUCGUCGCCACUCUCCUGAUCAUACAGGACUCCCAAUUCAUUGCUAGCCCUCAAGCUUGCAUGGAUGUUGCUCUGAACAUGUAAUUUAUUUAAAGACAAAGCUCUCACAUAUUGGAACAUUGUAAAUAUCCAGUUGCUGAGCUUGUCUCAGUGUUUAUUAAUCUGUACAUCUCUGGAAGAGGAGGCAUCAUUUUGAUGGGCUGAUGCUGGAUAAAAGUACAUAUGUUUUGAAUAAUGUAACUUUUUUUUAAAAACUCAUAUUGAUGUGAUUGUUUGAACAUAAACUGAAUAUGUGGUUCAUGUGGACAUUGUUUACAUCAAUUUAGCAAAAGGUCUGAGGUCAAAGUAGCAUAAUCAGAAUCCUUUAGUUUGUCUUCUCCUGACUGGCAGAAAUGACUUAUAUAAAACACAGUGUGUAUUUUCUGUAUUAGAGGCCGGGUUGUAAUACACACGGUCUUCUGAGUGGUCCUGCAGAGAGAUGAGCCACGAAGAGUAAAUGUGUUUCAAAUGUUCUUUAAAUAAAUUAGUUUUGUGUCUUAAAAAGGUUUUUAGAAAACAUCACAGCAAUUCAUUUUAUGUGAUAUGGGUGGGUCAUAACGUGCUUCAGAUUAAGGGGAUGCUGGGAAAGUAGCAGUACUUAUAAUAACCAGUGUUUUCUAUUAAUUACUGUCUUAAUCCACCCUGAAUUGUUUAUAUUUUGCUUCCAAGGAACCACUUACAACUCUUGAGGAUUUCUCAACGUCUUUUAAA